AGAGACUCUUAAACAUGGAGAUAAACAGAGGAUUACUGGAGGGGUGGUGGGAAGGGGGAUGGGGUAAAUGGGUAAGGGGCAUUAAGGAAUCUACUCCUGAAAUCAUUGUGGAAAUAAAUAAUUAAAAAUAAAUAAAAUCCAUUAAUAUUUUCAAAUUAAAAGAGAAAGAUGGGCAGAUGUGAUAACCAGCAAAACAUUAAUUGUAGACCAUAGGUAGGUAUACAGUGUUCACCGAGAAAGAUUUUUAACUUGAGGGAAAAACUACAAGAACAUGAAAUUCUCCUUCCUACUGUAUUUGACUCUCCCCUGAUUAUCCGUUCCCAAAUCUUUAAACAUGGAAAGGAGAGGUGGCUCAUGCUAUUAAAAGAGCCUGCGUCUUAUUUCCUCUUAAUCACCUACUUGAGUUGUCAGCUCUUUGCCACAUGCCCUUUGUCCUUAAGAGGUUGAGGUUCAAGGUUUUCUGGCACUUUCUGGGGAAAUGGCUCUAAGGCUAUUAACUUAGUGGAUUAUCAUUACCUGGGAGUCCCUUCUGUGCCAGCAGAUUUGCCUUUUGAGUGAACCUCAAACUAAUUCCUCACCUUGCCUGUGCAGGGGUUGGGAGAAAGGUGACUAAUCAUUGAGGACAGGCAAGAAUUCUUGCUUUGGGUAACCCUUUCCUUGGCCCCGUCUUUCAGGCCUGACUGCCGUGACACCCCCAAGUGCCCUUCUGGGUGCCUUUGGGCAGUCGGUUCUGGCUCUACAUCGGCCCCAUCUUACAUAAAAUAGGAAGAAGGCUUGGUGGUCCCUUAAGUCGUCUUUCCAAGGAAGGGGUCAGAGGCUAUGUGGAUUUCUAAAAAAUACUUCAAAUUUUUUCUCAGCGGUAUUUCACGUUCAGCGUUCAGGAAAAAGUUUUAAAGGUAGGUAUGCAGUGCAAAGGCCCUUCUCACCGCACCCUGAGCCCCCAGGUUUCUGCCAUUGCUGUGGUUUUCUGAGAUUCCCUCUGGAGCUGUUGCGAGGAUGUACAAGGACAUAUGAAUAGACAGCCUCCCCCGACCCUUUCUCUAAACAGAACAGGGUCCUAUUGUGGAUACCGCACCUUUACUUGGUCUUUUUUUCCAACACAGUCCGUGUCCUUCUUGAUAGACAUUGGGUACGUUUUUGAUCUUUUUCUCUUAGAAAUAGCACCUCCUUAAAUACCUUUGUACAUCCAAGUAUGAUUUAACUUUUUUUGUUGUUAAGGAAAUGGUCAGACGAGUUCAAGUGGAAGAUUAGAAAGACCCCCCCCCCCCCGCCCUCACACGUCCCCAUCAUAGGUUAGGACAGUGGUCCAUGUUUUUGGCGGUCUUGUCUCAUUUCUACCCACUCAUCCCCCUCUAAGCUAGACUGUCUGAAACACAAAUUCCAGAAAUAAAGACAUCUCGCUUCAGCAUCCUGGGCUUUGUACCCUUUUUAUUUUGAAACAUUUCAGACGUUGACAAAGUACAGAGAUUCCCUGUAUUCGUCACUAGUUUUGGGAACAUUCAGCCGUUUCACCCCCUCCAGCCCCCUUUUGUUUUUGUUUGCUGGACUGUUUCGUGGCAAAUCUUGGAUAGAUCAUUUCACAUGUAAACACUUCAGUAAAGUAACAACUUUUAUUAUUAAACGUUUUUUUAGAAUUAUUUUAUUUUUGAGAGAGAGAGAGGGAUCGAGCCUGAGCGUGAGUGGGGGAGGAGCAGAGAGAGAGAGAGUCCACAGCAGGCUGUCUGCACUGUCAGCGCAGAGCCCGACACGGGGCUCGAACUCACAGACCGUGAGAUCAGGACCUGAGCUGCAGUCAAGAGUUGGACGUUCAGCCGAGUCACCCAGGUGCCCCAGGAAAGUCAACAACUUUGAGAUUAGAAGAUUGAAACAUGUAGAACUACAGUGUUUAAAAGAUGGAAAAAAAUGAUCACCAGUUACCAGCCUUCGGGGCCUUUCAACCCUUGUCCCCACCUCUACACUUUGAAAAAGGUCGAUCGUUUAGAAAGUGGAUGUGCGGGGUAACAUGUCCAGUGUGUCCGAGGAGAGAAGAAAAAGGCAGCAGAACAUUAAGGAAGGACUGCAGUUUAUCCAGUCACCGCUGUCGUAUCCAGGGACACAGGAACAAUAUGCGGUAUAUUUACGUGCUCUUGUGAGAAAUCUUUUUAAUGAAGGAAACGAUGUUUAUCGGGAACACGAUUGGAACAACUCGAUAAGCCAGUACACAGAAGCUCUGAAUAUAGCUGGUUAUGCAAAGUCGGAAGAAAUUGUCAUCCCUAAAGAAAUAAUUGAAAAACUGCAUAUAAAUCGUAUUGCUUGCUAUUCUAAUAUGGGUUUGCAUGAUAAAGUUUUAGAAGACUGUGACACAGUGCUCAGUUUAAAUGCCAGUAACUGCAAAGCUCUGUAUCGGAAAUCUAAGGCUCUCAGUGACUUAGGAAGAUACAGAGAGGCUUAUGACUCCGUAGCAAAGUGCUCCUUGGCGGUGCCUCAGGAUGAACAUGUGAUCAAACUAACUCAAGAACUAGCUCAGAAAUUGGGAUUUAAAAUAAGAAAAGCGUAUGUCAGGGCUGAGCUUGCGUUAAAAUCCGUUCCUGGGGACGGGGCUACCAAGGCUUUGAGCUGUUCUGUGGAAGAUAUCGAGCCAGAUUUGUUAACUCCGAGGCAGGAAGCAGUUCCUGUCGUCUCUGUGCCUGCGUCCAGUUUCUCCCACCAAGUCGGAAGUGAGCUGGCCUCAGUUCCUAUCAUGCCCUUGCCCUCUAUGCUGCCCCUGCAAGUGGAUGAGAGCCCCCUGCCAUCGGCGGUGUUGGCAAACGGAGGAAAGACCCCCUUCACCAUGCCGGAACCUUUUCUGGAUGACGGAGAUAUGGUCCUCGGCGACGAAAUAGAUGACCUUCUUGAUUCGGCACCUGAGGCCAAUGAAACUGUUAUGCCGUCAGCUUUAGUCCGAGGAGCCCUUCCCGCAGCCAGUGUCCCCCCUAGCAUGCCUUUCUCAGCAUCUCUGUUGGGCACCUUGCCCAUUGGUGCGAGGUAUGCCCCUCCACCCUCCUUCUCAGAACUGUAUCCACCUUUGACCUCAUCCUUGGAAGAUUUCUGCUCUUCUUUGAGUUCAUUUUCAAUGAGUGAUUCCAAGCGAGAUGUGCCCACCUCAACUUCUAGAGAGGGAACAGCGCUUAGCGGCAGUAAUUCCUCCCUUUUACUUAUGAAUGGACCAGGCAACUUGUUUGCUUCUGAGAGUUUCCUGGGAAUUUCAAGCCACCCUAGAAAUGACUUUGGAAACUUCUUUGGAAGCACAGUUACUAAACCACCUUCAUCCGUGACCCCAAGACACCCCCUUGAAGGAACCCAUGAACUGAGACAAGCUUGUCAGAUGUGUUUUGUAAAAUCAGGCCCUAAGUUAAUGGAUUUCACUUACCAUGCUAAUAUAGAUCAUAAAUGUAAGAAAGAUAUUUUAAUUGGUAGAAUAAAGAAUGUUGAAGAUAAAUCAUGGAAAAAAAUACGCCCAAGACCAACAAAAACAAAUUAUGAAGGACCUUAUUAUAUAUGUAAAGAUGUUGCUGCUGAGGAGGAAUGUAGAUAUUCAGGCCACUGCACAUUUGCUUAUUGCCAAGAAGAGAUAGAUAUCUGGACACUGGAGCGGAAAGGGGCGUUCAGCAGAGAGGCUUUCUUUGGUGGCAAUGGAAAGAUCAACCUCACUGUAUUCAAACUUCUCCAAGAGCAUCUUGGAGAGUUUAUAUUCCUCUGUGAGAAAUGUUUUGAUCAUAAGCCUAGAAUGAUAAGUAAAAGAAAUAAAGAUAAUUCUACUUCUUGUUCUCACCCGGUUACAAAGCAUGAGUUUGAAGACAAUAAGUGCCUUGUCCACAUCUUGCGAGAGACAACGGUAAAAUACUCCAAAAUACGUUCUUUUCAUGGUCAGUGUCAGCUUGAUUUAUGUCGCCAUGAGGUCCGGUAUGGCUGCUUAAGGGAAGAUGAGUGCUUUUAUGCGCAUAGUCUUGUAGAACUGAAAGUCUGGAUACUGCAAAAUGAAACCGGUAUCUCACACGAUGCCAUCGCUCAAGAAUCUAAACGAUACUGGCAAAAUCUGGAAGCCAGCGUACCUGGGGCUCAGGUACUUGGCAAUCAGCUAAUGCCUGGAUCUCUUAAUAUGAAGAUAAAAUUUGUGUGUGCUCAGUGUCUGAGAAAUGGUCAAGUCAUUGAACCAGACAAGAACAGAAAAUAUUGUAGUGCAAAAGCAAGGCACUCGUGGACCAGAGAUCGGCGCGCGAUGAGAGUGAUGUCCAUCGAACGUAAGAAGUGGAUGAACAUUCGUCCUCUCCCCACAAAGAAACAAAUGCCUUUACAGUUUGAUCUGUGCAAUCAUAUUGCUUCCGGGAAGAAGUGUCAGUAUGUUGGGAACUGCUCGUUUGCUCAUAGCCCCGAGGAGCGGGAAGUGUGGACGUACAUGAAGGAGAACGGCAUACAAGAUAUGGAGCAGUUUUAUGAGCUCUGGCUAAAGAGUCAAAAAAAUGAAAAAAGCGAUGAUGUAGCCAGUCAAUCAAACAAGGAGAACGGAAAACAAAUCCACAUGCCGACAGAUUACGCUGAAGUUACUGCCGACUUUCACUGCUGGAUGUGUGGGAAGAACUGCAACAGUGAGAAGCAGUGGCAAGGCCACAUCUCCUCGGAGAAGCACAAGGAGAAGGUGUUCCACACCGAGGACGACCAGUAUUGCUGGCAGCACCGCUUUCCGACAGGGUAUUUUAGUGUUUGCGAUAGGUAUAUGAACGGCACCUGCACAGAAGGAAGCGGCUGUAAGUUUGCACACGGCAACGCCGAGCUCCACGAGUGGGAAGAGCGGAGGGACGCCCUAAAGAUGAAGCUCAACAAAGCAAGAAAAGAUCACUUAAUCGCCCCAAAUGAUAAUGACUUUGGAAAAUAUAGUUUUUUGUUUAAAGAUUUAAACUAAUAUGCUGGCUUUUAUGUAUGUUACCUAAUCAGAGCAUCGACCAGAAAAAAUGGAAAGUGUUCUCAGGCACGUGGCAGAGAAGCCGCAGACUUUCUGCUUGUAUUGGCGUCUAUCGUACCUCCUGAGCAGCAACCCACAGUAGGUAGGAAAACGGGCUGUUUGACAGGUCUGGCCAUGCUCUCGUGGCACCAUUGGCAUCGCAUGGCGAAGUGACCGCUACCCGGUUGCCAUCUGUUGAACAGACUUUUGGAUGAAGCGUGUUGGGGAAGAGGAUGAGGUUGUGUCUAAGACGACUCCUUGAGUUGGUCCUUUGGAUCAGAACCACGGCGGUGAGAGAGUAGACACUAGGGCCAGAAUACAUGAUGGAUGAAAUUCUUCACAGGUUUGAAAUGGAACGACUUUGUUUAAUAUAAUAAAGUUUGCUACUUAUCUGUACGUAGGUUGCUAAAAAGGAUUUUCUUAACUCAGAUUUUAAGCCAAAUAACCAUUUAACACUAGUACAUGUUAAAUGGGGUAUUUUUCUGUAUUUGUAUGUUUCACUAUAAUAAGGGAACUAAGGAUAAUGUGCAUUGAGAAUAUUUUGAAAAAUAAUCAGUCGACUCAAAUUUUAUUUCUUGGUCUUUUGCUGUUUAAACGAUGAUUUUGAAAGAUUACACUUGUACUGUUGGUAUUGUGUAGUGUAUGGACCAAUAUUGCCUGUAAUAAACAUUUUAUAUAUA